UGACGCGAGGGAGCUGGGAGGGAAACGCGUCUUUCGGUUUAUUCACCUUUCCAAGCAUUUUGAAGUUUGUUGUUGACUUGACUACGACACCACCCGCGCUAUUGACAGACUUCUUGCAACAACAUAUAACGACUUCAGGACACCAUGACAUCAUACGGCGGGUAUCAAAGAACGGGCUAUGGCGCCCAAGGCGGUGAUGAGGGCGGCGGCUUCAUGAGCGGUUCCCAGCAAGGCAGUCAGGGUCAAUCAAAGAGGAGCACAAUCGACGAGUACCUCCGCCCAGUAACUAUCAAGCAAAUCCACGACGCCAAAGCCGGCUACAACGAGUCCGAGAUCACCAUCGACGGCUUCCCCGUCAGCACAGUCACCCUUGUCGGCCAAGUGCGCUCCGUCCAACCCCAAACCACAAACAUCACAUACAAGAUCGACGACGGCACCGGCGGUACCAUCGACGUCAAGAAAUGGGUCGACCUCGAAAAGUCCGAAUCAGGUGCCGAGACCCCCUUUAGCCUUGACACCUGGGUCCGUGUUCUCGGUAGACUCUCGAGCUUCAACGGCAAGAUCCACGUUGGCGCACACCAUGUCAGAGUGAUCGACGAUUAUAACGAGGUCAGCUAUCAUUUGUUGGAGUCUACCUAUGUGCAUGUCUGCAUCUCGAGGGGUUUACCUGGUGGUCCUUGGCCACAAAAAGAGGGUGCGGCUGCUGGUGGUCAUGGUGGAGGGGACUCUGACAGCAUGUUCAUCGACAGCGGGAAUGGGUAUUCAGGUGAUGCUGCGGCGGCUAAUGCUAGGGUGGCGUCUUGCUCGAGACAGGCCAAGUCGUUGUAUCAGUUCAUGCAGAGCGAUCCAAGAUCGAUAGAAGGGAUCAAUGUCGCUGAUGUCAUGGCUGGGUCUGGGAUGGGCAAGAGGGAUGUGCUUGCAGCGGCGGAUGAAUUAUUGGGCAACGGUAUUGUCUAUACCACUGUUGAUGAUGAGACCUGGGCCAUUCUCGAGACAUAAAAUUGUUUGGUGUAGGGGGCAUGUACAGAUUGAAUGACGGGAUAUGCAUGGCGAGGGAUAUCACGGCGCCAGUUAUUUGACUGAUUGCUUUGAUUUGCCUCCUGUAGAGUACGUACAAUUCCCAUGGCAUUCUGAUUUGGGGCUACCGAAGGAUCAUUGCAGUUGUUCGGUGGAUUAUAGCUACUAUCUAGGUAGAUCUGACCUAACAGUCGUAAAGAGCGCAAAACAUCAUCUCAAACAAGAAUCCA